UCUCGCAACCCACGCGCGAUGAUGAUGAUGGCACAGGGCGAGGGAGGGACCCAUCUCCAAACCGGGCAGAAGGGGAUCUCGGCCGCUGCGCAAGUCGGGAGCAGGCGACUGGGGGAAGCUUGGAUCAUGGAUGGAAACGCGGCGAGCGGGACCCUAUGGGAGGACAGAGAAGUCCGCUUCGAUGUCUCGCCGCAGCUGAUGAAGCCCCGAGCCGGAGAGUUCGUGCUGGACACGAUGGAGUCCGUGGAGGACACCAAGGGGAACAAUGGAGAGAGUGGGAGGCUGGUGGUCACCAACUUGCGCGUGCUCUGGAAUUCGGAGUCCUUCUACCGCAUCAACCUGACCAUCGGCUUCAACUGCGUCAUCAGCAUCGAGAAGCGCCUGGUGAACUCGAAGCUGCGCGGACACACCGAGGCGCUGUACAUCCUCACCAAGUGUGGAAACACUCGCUUCGAGUUCAUCUUCACGAACCUGGAGUCGGGCAGCCCGCGGCUCUUCACCUCCAUCCUCACCGUGUGCAGGGCGUACGGGACGUCCAAGAUGUACCGGGACCUGAAGCUGCGCGCGGCCAUCAUCAGCGAUGGGAACCUGCGGCUGCUGCCCGGAGAAGAGAUGUGCCGGCGGUUGGAUGGGGUGUGGAACCUGUCCAGCGAGCAGGGGAACCUGGGUAGCUUCUUCAUCACGAACAUUCGAGUCGUGUGGUUCGCUGCCACGAACAUGUGCUUCAACGUCAGCAUCCCCUUCCUGCAAAUCCGAUCCGUGAAGCUCCGGGACUCAAAGUUUGGAGCCGCCCUCGUGAUUGAGUGCACUCAGCAGAGUGGCGGCUACGUGCUGGGAUUCCGUGCCGACCCCCCCGACCUGAUGCGCACGAUGUCGCAGGAGCUGCAGAGUCUGCACCGCGUCUUCGCAGCAAAGCCCGACAUGGGCGUGCGCUUCCACAUGGAGGAGAUGCCGGCUCCACUGGAGAAAGUGAAGGAGGCGCAGGUGGAUGAUGACAUGGAGCUGGAGCCUGGGUUCUCCAAAAGCGAUGCUCACACGGCUUACUUUGCUGAUGAGAACAAGCACAGGGACCGUGAGGUGAUCUUCUCCACUGAGCUGGGCCUCGCCAUCGAGAAGCUGCGAGACGGGUUCACUCUGCAGGGCCUCUGGGACGCAACGGCGUGAGGGCUCCGGCGCCAGCUCGCACUCAUUGCACACAAAGUGCUUGCCGCAAAUGAACCGCAACACCUUGCUGAUCUCGUCAAGGAGCAUAAACCAUCACGCGAACUCCGGUCAUCCUCGCAGCGGCUUUUGGCUGGCCAUCGAUUAAAGACGGUUACCGCAUCGCGCACUUUCAGAUGCGCUUCUGCGGCCGUCUGGAACGCUCUUCCUUCCGAUAUUAGGGAGGCACUGGCGCUAUGCACUUUUAAAUCUCGAUUGAAAACUUAUUUCUUUAGAACUGCUUUUUUGUGUUGAGUUUGUUGUCCAUCCCCACACAUCCCACCAGCACGGUUGGCUUCGUACGGUGCGAAAGAAGUUCAACAUACAUACAUGCGGCUCUCCCUGAGCCCUCCCAGUGGCGGAGCCAUCGAGAGUGCAGGCGGUUGAGUUGCACAGGGGCCCACGGGGCCGAGGCACCGAGCGAUGAAGAGGGAGGAAAUUGGAUUAGGGGGCUCCCAAUUUCAUUCCUUGCACCAGGAACACACCACUGAAUAUCCCAUCGGCGACCUAAGGAAUUUGGAAAUAUGUUCACAUCUUAUUCUUGUUAUUUUGGUAAAGUCACGUAGAAGAAAAAUAAAAAAAUAAAAAAUAAUUAAUUCAACAAUAAAAUUCUCACGACGUUUCGAUUGGUUGUCCAACCUGAUGACGAUUGCUUGUGUUGCGAUCGAAACGUCGUGAUCUAUUAUUUUUCUACCUACGUGACUUUGCCGAAAGAACCAAAGAGUAUGGAUUCCUGCAGUCACGAAAGCUUCAAAUCAAGAUACAAUAUCUAAAGUAUUUUUUUUUUCUCUGCAAGUGUAUACAAUACAAAGUGGACAUUUCACCGGCCAAACGGAGGGCUUUACAGUACAGUAUUAUUAUUCUAACACUGUUCGUGAAUAUAGCGGCCUCUAGUGGCUGGGAAUGUCCCGUUAACCUAGUAAUAUGCUGUAUAUGAAUCUAAAAAUAUGAUUUCUCGCCACACCGUUUGGUCGUACAUGUUAUGUAUAUCGUUUAUUGUUAAAUUUUAAUCACAGUUCCUAUGAUCACUGUUACAUUGUUUUUAUAGCUUUGUUUUGGUGAUUUUGAAAACUUUUGGUUUAGCCAUGUUUGUUUGUUGUAGUACAGCGUUAACCUGAUAACUUUAAUCUACAUUGUCUUAUGGUUGUUGUUUGACUUGCAUCCCACUAGGAUUUUUGCACACAGCGUUGAAAUACGGUGUUUUUUCUGGAAGCCUUUGCUGUUGUUCCCAGAUUUUUCUGUUGCGUGUAGUCACUUUAAGAUGUUUCUUGUUCAUGCUUUUGUUUUGUUGCGGUUGCACCCGAGUCAAGAGCCACAUGGCUCACAUGGUUAUACCUAAUAAUAAAUGAAAAUGAAAUGAUGCGUA